AUGGGUAAAGGUAAUGCUCUACCACCAGCAGCACGAGGCGCGAUCUGUGAUAUUGAUGUCGGUGGGGCAGCACCGAUAGCGCAAAGAGUGCGUCCGGUCGCACCCAAAUAUCGGGAGAAGCUGUCAGAUCUCAUCAAAGGACUAUUAGCAGCCAAAAUCGUUCAGCCAUCCACGUCACCUUGGGCGUCUCCGAUAGUGGUGAUCAUCAAGAAGAACGGAGUGGAUAUUCGCCUUUGCAUUGAUUAUCGAAGAGUUAACCAGCUGACGCGUCUGAUGGUUUAUCCCAUGCCGUUGAUCAGCGAUCUGUUGGAAGAUCUGGAUAAAGCUCUAUGGUACUGUUCGCUAGACAUGGCUAGUGGAUUUUGGGUCGUCGAAAUGACUGAACGAGCAAAACUGAUAUCAGCGUUUGUCACACCGUUUGGCUUGUUCGAGUGGCUGCGAAUGCCUUUUGGGCUUAAGAACGCGCCCCAGAUCUACCAACGUCUGGUGGACAAUGCGUUGUAUGGAUAUCUCAAGAUCGGCCAGAGAUCAGCUUCUGAUGGCCCGAUCGACGUGUUCAAAGAUGGAGAACCUGAGACAGAUCGACGACCGUCUAUACUGGGACGCCGAUCUUACAUUGACGAUAUUCUCAUACCAGCCACGUCAUGGGGAUCUUUGUACACAAAAGUAGAACGGUUGCUGGAGGCAUGUGAUAAGUGGAAUCUGUCUAUAAGCCUCACGAAGAGCUUUUGGGGGUGCCGUAAGGUCGAUUAUUUGGGACAUCGAGUGUCGAUGGAUGGUCUGGAGGCUCAGCCCAAGAAACUAGAUUUGUUGGUUAACAUCCCGUUUCCUAGCACGCUACGAGCUAUGCAAUCCUUUCUCGGGAGCUUGAACUACUACCGUUGCUUCAUUGAGGAUUUCGCGGUGUAUGCCGCGGUAUUGUAUGAGUUAAGAGAAUCGGAUUUCUUCGAGAUCGGCCGAUCUCAGCUUGCAGCAGGAGACGAAUGCUCCAACGAGGGUCGAUGGACGGAAGCCAAGGUUGCUUUCACUAUGCUAAAAGCUAAGAUAGCUACAGCUCCCAUGCUCAUGCAUUUCGACCCAGAUCGGUCCCCCGUAAUCGUGGUCUACGCUAGCAAGUGGGCUGUCUCAGCGGCCCUGAUACAGGAGUACGAUGGCGUGUACCAUCCGGUGAUGUUUACUAGCCGCACUUUAAAGCCUAAUGAGCUUAACUACGGAACGGUAGAAAAAGAAGUGCUGGCGCUACUUCGUGUGUUGGAUGUAUGCUAUACUACGCUUGCCUCGCGGGAGAUCACUGUACUGACCCGACAUUCUACGUUAGCCUGGUUGAUGCAGUCUCGAGGGCUCAACGGGAGAUUAGGACGGUGGGCUGCUUUGUUGUCAAAUUGGACUAUGGAGGUGAAGAAAUGUGAAAGAGGAGAGGAAGAGAUCCUGGGCAUGUUAGCAGCGAGUAUCACUCCGAGAGGAGAAGUGGAAGAGAUGCUGAUUGCGAUCUCCCCACGAAAAGACUGUGGACUCAAAAUAUCGAUGCCUCCUCCAACGGUGGAAACAGAUGAGGAGUUGCUGGUGGCCAGUUUCGAUGGAUCGGCUAGGAUAAAAAAAGAAAGGAGGGUCGUUCAGUGCCGUGAUAUGGAAGUUACCCGAAUGGACGAUCGUGGCGGCCGAAUCGAGAUAUGUUCACGAUCUGACUGUGAAUGA